AUGAAGUCUAUCAUUGCUGUCUCGGCGCUUGUCGCCAUGGUCGCGGCUCAAUUGGAGCCUCCUGCAGGGCCGUUCACUGCUGGCGCUUGGAACCCGUCCAACCGCUGGACUGGGGUUGCUAUUAACGCAAGUGGCAGAGGAUUCUGGAUCGGAAAGGAUAGUUCAUCAUAUUGCCCAGUAGUGAAAGGCCUCGAUUGCACUGCUUUCCCAGGAACCAGCACUGUCUUUGCCGGCGGAAGCGGAACUCUUUCUCUAGACGUUGCGGUUCCCGGUGGCCAACAAGUUUUCGUUGGCCCCGACGGAGCACUAGGGUACACCGGGGCGCAUUCAGCCAGCAUCCCCGUUGGCGCUGUCACCACGGGUUUCUUACGCUUUCAGAGUGUCGCUGGGGGAGCGCCUGUUCCAAUGACUUUUGAGGGCAGUGGCUUUAGAGCUUGCCCUGUGGAUGAGACCCAGGAGAAUGUCUAUCAGGUUUUUGCCUCUGCAGUGGGGACUGACCCUGGAAACUGCAUUCAAUUCCAGUUAAGGACAUAUUCUGCGCCUGGUAUUAGUGCUUGGCAGUAUUAA